AUGUUUGACGUGCGCACCGUCGAAUCGGGUGCCUGUUGUGAACAAGAGCGUGAUACUGGCGACAGCGCAAUGUCAAUGACCGCGCGACGACGGCGCGCCUUCCAGCGGCAGGCCUGUCUGCUGAGCGUUCUGGCCGCGUUUUCGCUCGGGCUAGCGCUCGGUGUGUUUGUGCCGCUGAUCGGCAUUUCGCAGGGUGCAGCAACCAAGGGUGCGGUGAUGGUGGUGAGCGGGGAGGGCGGCAACCCCGAGAUGGAGCCCCAGCCCGCGCUGCAAGCCCUGCAUCACCCCGCCCACCGGAUGCCUCAUUUUCCGACAAUCGACGAUAUCCGGUCGGACGAUGGUCCACGGGGCCGGUACGCGCCGGUGUCGUUUAUCGCGGAGGAAAAGCUGGUCGGCGAGGGGGAGGUAAUGUUUCAGCCAAAACUGGACCCGGACGGUUUGAUGGACAGAAAGCUGCCAGCGCCGGGCGCAUCGAUCGUGGAGCAAAUGUUGGCCGGAAGUGGGAAGGUAGCGACCGGCCCGGUGCUGGAACGCCGAGAGUCUCGCGCAGGCAAGCUGGAAGAGUACAACCGGGAGGAUGUGGAGGGCGUCAUACGGGACGGAAUCUACUGGGGUGCGAGUGUUGAGCGUGCCCUACCGGUAGGCUUCGAUCGGCGACAGAGUGACUCUUGGGCGCGGUAUCUCCGGGAGGCGGAGGUAGAACGGUUAGAGAUUGGCUGUGGACGCAUGCAGAACCGUUUGCUGGUGUUCCGGGAUGGUACGCGUGCCUGUGCCCGGUAUAGGCAGAAUACCGACCAGAUCCAGGGUGAGCUGUUCUCGUUCUAUCUCGGACAGCUGCUGAACCUCACCAACCUCGCACCGAGUGCGGCUUCCAUCAUUGACCCGGAGGCACGUCUAUGGGCGGCUGCAACGGAGGAGCUAGCGGGUGCUCAGUGGAAACCCACCAAGCCCGUCGUCAUAACCAAGUGGAUCGGUAAUCUGGAACCCGCAGGUAUCCCGCACCCAUUCCGACCACUCGAGCGUCAUCUGAACCGAUUCGACGUACGCAACAUUACCGAGGGACUCGACCGGCCUCGGGACGGUGUGAGACGGCUGCUUCUCGAACGGCUCGGUACAGCCCGGGACGCUCCCGCGAGUGCGGGGGCCGCCCUUCCCUCAUCGACCGCACCACCAUCACAACCCCCUUCGCCCGAGGUGCUCGAGCGGCUAGUCGAGCUGGCCCAGUGGUCCGAUCUGAUCGUGUUCGACUACCUCAUCGCCAACCUGGACCGGGUCGUCAACAACCUGUACAACUUCCAGUGGAACGCGGACAUCAUGGCGGCGCCCGCACACAAUCUCGCCCGCCAAACCGACUCGUCGCUGCUCGUCUUUCUCGAUAACGAGUCGGGCCUGCUGCACGGUUACCGGCUGCUGAAGAAGUACGAAGCCUACCACGGGCUGCUGCUGGACAACCUGUGCGUGUUCCGGCGGUCGACAGUCCGGGCGCUCGAAGGGCUGCGGGACGCGAGCGUCGGCCAGCGGCUAAACGCGCUGUUCGAGCGCACGACGACGGCGCAGAUACGGGACGUGUUGCCACCGCUGCCGGAGAAGUCCGUCAAGAUUCUAGUCGACCGCAUCGAACGGGUGCUCGGGCAGGUGCAGAAGUGUCGGGAAACGUUCGCCGUCCGAUAG